GACAGCGAGAGAAGACCGGUAUACUAUACAUGAACUCGAGAGCUAUAGAAAUGGUAUAUUUUACCAGAUUAAACAGAAACCGUCUGAUUAACAUGAUUCUACACAUCGGACGGUGACUUGUGAUUCUAUAGAAUUUACCUUUUUCUGCAAUUUGAACUCCUUAAAAUUUCCUGAGUUGUGUGUCACUCUUUGGUCUUUGUAUCUGAAAACAGCUCUUGUCUCUCUCUGUCUCUUUCUCUCUCUCUCUGACUCAAUACCUUCUUUUCAUUCUCUUCUUUUAUCGUUUUCUUCACUUAGAUCUCUUUCUCCCCCUCUCUCUCUCUCUCAUUUUGUAUUUCUCUUCCGAUGAUUAUCAGAUCCGUGAUUAUGAUUAUUUUAGCACCGUCCGAUGUGUAGACUUUUGAAUUUUGACUGAGUGAAGAGUGUUGAUCUGAUACAGCAUCAGAGCAGCGUUACAAGAAAAGGAAAAAAAAAAAGAAAGAUGGGACAGUGUUACGGGAAGACUAAUCCAACCAACGAGAAUGACACCACAACAACAAUAGUCACCACCGCCGAUCCCAACCAAACUCCGUUACGGCCAUCAACGCCACGUAACGGCGUUCCGUCAGUUAAGAACACACCAGCUAGAUCAUUUAACCACCCCAGUCCCUGGCCAAGUCCCUAUCCACAUGGCGUUUCGGCAAGUCCACUUCCAGGAGGUGUUUCGCCUUCUCCGGCUAGAGCUUCGACUCCGAGGAGAUUCUUCCGGCGGCCGUUUCCUCCGCCGUCUCCUGCAAAGCAUAUAGCUGCUUCUUUGGCUAAGCGGCUUGGUGGUGGCGCGAAGCCAAAGGAAGGGCCGAUACCUGAGCACGGCGGCGCGGAGCCUGAUCAGCAGCAACAGCAGUCACUGGAUAAGAGCUUCGGAUACAGCAAGAAUUUCGGAGCAAAGUAUGAAUUGGGAAAGGAAGUGGGAAGGGGGCAUUUUGGUCAUACUUGCUCUGCUAGGGUUAAAAAAGGAGAGCUUAAAGAUCAGCCUGUUGCUGUUAAGAUCAUAUCUAAAGCUAAGAUGACAACAGCAAUUUCAAUUGAAGAUGUCCGUAGGGAGGUAAAAAUACUGAAGGCACUAUCAGGACAUAAGCAUCUUGUCAAGUUUUAUGAUGCAUGUGAGGAUGCCAAUAACGUGUACAUAGUAAUGGAGUUGUGCGAGGGUGGGGAACUUUUAGACAGAAUUUUGGCAAGAGGAGGAAGGUACACAGAGGAAGAUGCAAAAGCUAUAGUUGUUCAAAUCCUGUCAGUGGUGUCAUUUUGUCAUCUUCAAGGAGUUGUACACCGUGACUUAAAGCCAGAGAAUUUCCUUUUCACUUCUGGGGGUGAAGAUGCUGAUAUGAGGCUUAUUGACUUUGGUCUUUCUGAUUUUAUCCGGCCAGAUGAAAGGCUCAAUGAUAUUGUUGGAAGUGCAUACUAUGUUGCACCUGAAGUCCUGCAUAGAUCUUACAGUCUGGAGGCAGAUAUAUGGAGCAUUGGUGUUAUUUCCUAUAUUUUAUUAUGUGGAAGCAGGCCUUUCUGGGCACGGACAGAAUCAGGAAUUUUUCGUUCUGUGCUGAGAUCUGAUCCCAACUUUGAUGAUUUACCCUGGCCUUCUGUCACUCCGGAGGGUAAGGACUUCGUGAAGAGACUCCUGAACAAGGACUACAGGAAAAGAAUGACUGCUGUCCAAGCUCUAACUCACCCAUGGUUGCGGGAUGAUAGUCGUUCUAUACCUUUAGACGUAUUGAUCUAUAAGCUAGUAAAGAUAUAUCUCCAUGCUACACCAUUCAAACGUGCGGCACUGAAGGCUCUCUCAAAAGCAUUGACCGAGGAUGAGCUUGUGUAUCUUAGAGCUCAGUUCAGGCUGCUGGAGCCAAAUAGAGAUGGGAGCGUCUCUCUUGAUAACUUCAAAAUGGCUCUAGUGCAUCAUGCAACUGAUGCCAUGAGGGAAUCGAGGGUUCCUGAAAUUCUUAAUGCGAUGGAGGCCCUUGCUUAUAGGAAGAUGUACUUUGAGGAAUUUUGUGCAGCUGCAAUCAGCACUUACCAAUUAGAAGCACUUGAGGGGUGGGAGCAAAUUGCCUCCACUGCUUUUGAGCAUUUUGAGAGGGAGGGUAACAGAGUCAUCUCAGUUGAAGAGUUGGCAAGAGAGUUGAAUGUUGGCCCUUCAGCCUAUUCAUUCAUCAAAGAUUGGAUCAGAAACUCGGAUGGAAAGCUUAGUUUACUUGGAUAUACAAAAUUUUUACAUGGUGUGACUCUUCGUAGCUCAAAUACAAGACAUCAAUAGGUUUCUUAGCUUUUGACAUAUAGCUUUUUCUCUCUUCUUUUCUUUUUUUUUUAAUUAUUUUUUUUCUCAAAUUAUGGCAUUUGGAGGACUUGGGGGUUGUCUUUUUUAUUUUUUAUUUUUAUUUUUUUUAAAAAGGUUGGGGGUACAGAAAGCUGUGCAUAAGUGAAUAUAUUAGUGAAGUCAGUUCUGAGAUUGUUCAGGCGAAAUUUAAAGUGGAGUUAUCCUUGGCGCAUUGUAGUGUUGAUUGGAGACUAGAUUAUUUCUGACAACAAAAGUUAGUCACGGUUGGUUUAGAUUUAGAUUGCUGACAAGACAAAACUGUAGUUAAAUUCGAGGCUAAUUAAGCAGCAAAAGUAUUUGGUGAUGAAUAUUGCUUGAAUGCUGAGGAGUUGAUGUGUGGGAUCGUAUACUUUGAAAAUGAGACCGAAUGGACAAAAGGAAUGCGGCACUGCUCUCAUACUUAAAUCUGAAACUAGACGACGCUGAAAUACUCGCCAAAUUGUGGGAAGGUCUUCUAUGCCUCCUACAAAUAUUAAGCGGUCAGACAGACUUCUUUUUUAUUACUUUCUUUUAAUUUUUUGCUUUUGUUAUUGCCAUUUAAUCACCCGGGUUGAAAGUGCGAUUCCGCCAAA